UUGUGUGUGCUGUUUUUACCUUUGCAUGAACUCUAGCGUUGCUCCUUGGUCUCCUGGGUAUGAAAUGUUCAGGCAGUAGUAAGAUGCAAACAUAAACUUUAGAGCAUCAUUGAAGAUGGUGAUGUGGCUGUUAACUAUGAUUUGGUCGACAGAAAUCAAAGUUAUCUGCGGUCAAAGGGGAACUUCCUGUUUUAAUGCAUAAGAAAAAAAGUAAUCAGUAGACGACGCAAACGUAUAUAAAAUCUUACAAAAAAUAUGGCACCAUGCGUCGAAGUUUGAUAUAACGUAAGGUGACAAUAUUCACUAUUCAAAUUUCCAGAAUCAAUAACCACAACAAUUUUUUUUUAAAUUUGGACAAAAUAAUGUACAUUUAUAAAUGUCUGACGUUACUGUUUGCCAACCUUACUGAACUAUGCGUCGACGUUGGGUUUUUCCUCAGGGACAACAAAUCAGAUAACGUUGACUUGGUAACAAAACUCAACAAGUAAAAAAUUUAUAAAAAUUUUUACAUUUAGUAACGUUAAGACUCUGAUAAAAUCUUACAAAAAGAACAAAACCAACAUUUCACUUUAGCUUACCGUCCAAUGAAACCUCAAACGAUUAAGAUUUUAAAUUAACGUUAAUAACGUAACACUGGUUAGCGCCCAAGUUUAAAACACACACUGGUUUAAUGAUUUAAAAGGUAAACAUUGCAAGUGCUAAAUCUUAAAAAGAAGUAGCAUAUAGUAGUGACCAAAAUAUAUGUACAUUUACCUGUUUAUUUUCUUCUCACAUCCAGGACUGAAGGUAAAGCUCAUCUGAAGGUUGUUGGCGAUUCACGCGCGCAGCAGCCUCACAGUGUGCUUAAAGAACGUAAAGUAUCCUUGCGCCUGGGCGGGACUUCGUUCAGUUUGAACAUUUAAAAUCUUCAUAUUUGUCAUUUAAAUAUCAUUGUGUUAUUAUAUCAUUUUAUAAAGCGAUACUAUGGGAAUAAAUGCGUAACAAAAAUCUAAACGGAGCAGAACUGCUUGAUAAGCGGAAGGAAAUGUGGUCAAUAGCAGUAGUAAUGGAAAAUGAUUCUGCUCAAAUUGAUUCUUUUGGAUAGGACGUUUUUAACGAACCGGUUCAAAAACGCACCACUGAUUUACCGGUUCUUUUACGCAAACACACGAUGACAUACGCAAAAAAUCCUUCUUCAUGUUUUCGUACGUUAACGGAAAGAUUCGGUAAAGCUAACCUUUCUUUUAUUAAUAAUAUAAAAAUAAACGUAUCUUAAUCAACAUAUCAAUUACAUAAACCAAAAACAAAGCUGACAGCUGCUUAGUUCAAGAGUUAAUAAAGCUCUGUUUAAAAUAAGCACAGACCUCCCAUACGCUACAUACUACAAGUGCUGAUCUGUCUGUUUAUGAUUUCAUUAAGAAAAAAAUGCACAAUAUCACGUGUUAAUUUUCACGUGUAAAAAGCAGUAUUUUUCCACACAAUUUACUUAUCUCUAUAUGGCUGUUUUCACUGUCCUCAAAAUUGGCUGAUGUCUUCCUUGUUCUAUGAAGUCCCUCCUUCAGAAAUAUGUAACGAUUGUAGUUUGUUCAGUGUGUUGUGAUUCGAUAACAGCUUAGCUUGCCAUUACUUAGCUGGUGACUAAAGUAUGUGAUGUAAUUAAAGCAGGAAGUAGAGGCUGUAGUCUAGGGGUGGGACGGUUGUCAUGACCACCGCGCCACCGCGGUGGUACAAUGUCACCGCGGUGGUUAAGUGCCACCGGCGGUUGUGUGACGUCACAUAUCAGGUGAAUGAUUAAACAAAAUAAUAAGUAAAAAUUGUAGUUUUUUUGUACAAGUGAAAUAAUAAUAACAAAAGUUGUAACAGUAAUUUAUAGCCUAAGAUACAGAUUUAUAACAUUGUUUUAUUUUAAUACACAAAUCUCCGCUACAUUACCAUGUAUGGCGUUUCCGUUAGACUGGCGGAUUUUAGCAUAACUCAGCACGUGGGAGUUUAGCCAUGGCGCUUGUUGGAAAACCAAAUGUUACAUCGCCGAUCUGGGAAUAUUUUGGAUUCGUGCCGAAUGAGAAAGGCGAACCUAAAAAUUUGGAUGAAGCCAUUUGUAGGCUUUGUGAUAAAAAAAUAAGCGUUAAAUGGGCAAACACUUCGAAUCUCCAGAGUCAUCUCCGGUCAUGUCAUCCAGCCACGUAUACCCAACUUAUGUCUUCUGAACGCAAACGCCCAGCUAGUCAGUUGGGUAUUGCAGAGGCUUUCUCAAAAAUGACCAAAUACAAAAGAGAAAGUGAGAAAUGGAAGAUAUUAACGAGAAAUGUGGCAACAUUUUUGGUAGUCGAGAACGCGCCGCUCCGCACUGUAGAUAAACCUGCUUUCAAAGAAAUGCUUCAGUCGUUUGAUAAACAAUACGAACUUCCGAGCAAAAAAUACUUUUCAAACACUGUAAUUCCUCAGCUAUUCAACGAAACCAAGGAGAAAAUCAUCGCGGAACUACACGACCUUGAUUUCUUUUCCGUCACGACCGAUAUGUGGUCCAGCGUUAACAUGACUCCGUUUAUGAGUCUGACUGUACACUUCAUUAACAAAAAUUGGGAGCUGAAGAGCAGGUGCUUGCAGACUGCAUACACACCAGAAAGUCAUACGGCGGAUAAUUUAGCAGAAUCUCUCCGCAGCGCAUUCAAAGAAUGGGGAUUAAAUGAAAAAAAUCUUGCAUGCAUCACGACAGAUAACGGGGCCAACAUCGUGGCCGCUGUUAGAAAAUUAGAAUGGCCAUGGCUGAAUUGUUUCGGCCACAAUCUUAACCUGGCAGUCACAAACUCAAUGUCAGCCGAGAAGGAGAGGACAUCCAGGGCCAUGGGGUUGUGCCGAAAUUUGGUGACUGCAUUCGCCCACAGCUGGUCAAGAAAGAAGAAACUUCUUGAAGAGCAAAAGGCCUUAAACCUACCAACACACAGUUUGAUAUUGGUGAGUUGAAAUGAUUUAGGUAGCUGGUUAUUAUUUAUAUACUAUAAUUGUAUAUAUAAUUUUAUAUUUAUAUAAUAUUUUCAGAUUUAUAUUGUUCUGUUUUGAAUCCCGUUAAAAUGUAAAGAUAUUCGUUAUAAACAAAACAUGUACCUCAAGUCAAAUCUUAGUAAAAAAAAUUAC